CGUCCAAGUCCUCUGAAGUCCCAUGUUUAUAAACAUUCCCCGUAAUUUUUGUUUACGAUAAUCCAAAGUCCGCUCGAUCACUCCUGGAUUGAUACGAAAAACAAUUCAUACCGUAAAUGAUUCAUAGGGACAUUUUCAUUUCCAUUUUCUCUCUUGGACCGAGUUACUCACUCGAGAGGAAUGGACCGAAAAUAUAAUAUGAGAAGUGCAGACAGUGUUGCACGUUCUCUGCGUCAAACAUCCGUCCACCCAGUGGACGAUCUGCCAUCCGACAAUGAGGAAGAUAAGAUUAUCUGUCAAUCUCACUCUGCAUCCGAGGAAGACGAGGCAUGCAAAAAAAUCGUAUCUUCGACUGGAGGAGAUAUGAACAAUACUUUGGAUGAAUCUGCGCUAAAAAACGAAGAUGAGUUGUCUCCAAAAAGAAGGAGAUUGGACUCGGCACCUGAACCCCAACCAGCAAUCACCCCUAAUAAAACUGACCACAACUGGAGCCUGAAACCCCGCGAGCGAUUGCCCCCUCGUCCCUCCCCAAAUGUCCCUUACACCCCCGGGCCUCUGGGAGCAGCUCGUGAAAAGCAGACUCCACUUGAAUUCUGGGAGCUGCUAUUCGACCCUGAGAUCCUCUACGACGUGGUGCUCCACACGAACCAAGAGAUCUCUCGAUACCGCCUGUCAACCGAGAUAGAAAUGAACCUGACGAAUGCCCACAUCUACAAGGACCUCACGAUCUCCGAGCUGAAGGCCUCCCUCGGUCUCCUCUAUUUUUCAGGCCUCCAGAAGACGAACAACACGAAUUUAGAGGACUUGUGGUCGUAUGAAUUCGGUCCAACACUCUAUCGAGCAACGAUGCCCCUGAGGAGAUUCAAAGUGAUAUUAUCUUCCCUUAGAUUUGACGACAAGAGCACACGUGACUAUCGAAGAGAGACUGACAAAUUGGCCCCGAUCAGGGACGUGUGGCAACAAUUCGUGUCGAAUUGCAGGAAAUACUACAGUCCCCACAGCUCCUGCAGCAUUGAUGCACAACUGGUGCCUUUCGGGGGGCGCUGUCCCUUCAGAAUGUCCUCGCCAGAAAAGCCCAACGAAUAUGGCAUGAAAAUCGUCAUGCUGAACGAUUCUAAGACCUAUUACAUGCACAAUGCUGAACCUUGCACUGGCAAUGCCAUAGGCAAAAAUAGCAAUGAAACCCUGUCUUCAUAUUGCGUUCGUAAACUGUCUGAGCCAAUUCAUGGAACUGGACGGAACCUCACGUGUGAGGAUUGGUUGACGUCUGUGGAGACUGUGCAGAAGAUGUUGAGGGAGUACUCUCUGACGAUGAUUGGGACAAUUAGGAAAGGAGAGAGGGGAAUUCCUGGGGAUUUUAAGAGACCUGGAGGGGUUGGAUCGUCGAAAUUUGCGUUUGAUGAUUCCAAAAUUCUUGUUUCGUUUACACCUGAGAGGAAUAAAGUCAUGUUGCUGGUGUCUUCACUCCACGAGACCGCAGGGAUCAAUUCUGAUACGGGACAACCAGAGGUAUUGACGAUGUACAAGGAGACGAAAGGAGGGACUAAGGGCUUUGAUCAGUUUUGUCGUGAGUACACGACUGCUAGGAAGACUCAUCGCUGGCCGAUGAGGCUGUGGUACACAAUGCUGGAUCAGGCUGGAGUCAAUGCAAUGAUAUUGUACAAUUCCAAUAGUGCUAAUAGGACUCUGACCAGGGGGGAUUUUCUGAAAGCUCUCUUCAUGGGGUUGAUUCAGCCCCAUCUUCUCACACGACUUGCCUCGCCGCAUCUUCGACGAGAGUUGAGGGUCUCGAUUAGUAAGAUAUUGCACAUGGAGGAGCCAGAGAAUGAACCGGGGAGUUCGAAGCUUGACAGACAGAUUCGGUGCAGUCUCUGCCCAAGGAGUAAGGAUAAGAAGGUGAAAACAGCGUGCUCGGAGUGCAGAAGACCCGCCUGUGAGGAGCAUAGGAGAGCACUUUGCGUGGACUGCGUCGCACAUGAUUGAAGAAUUAUUUGACAAUUAUUUUUGAACAGUGAUACGUUUUUUCUAAUGUUGAAUUUUUUACAUUUCUACUUUUUUUAUGAAUAGAGAGAAAAAGGAAUUAAUUGUGUUUUCUUUUGGUUCCUUGACAAUUCAUUUUUCCUCUUCCAAAUUAAACAACUGGCAUUUGAUGAUUAAAAAUUCUUGUUU